AACUCAUAGUUCAAUUGUUGGUGGCACUAGCGCAAUCCCCACUUUUGAAAAAUGGCGUCGAUUGCGGUUGAUCGAAUUUUAUUACGAAGUGUUUGUUUAUUAAAAAAUAUAAAUCGUUUAUCUCUAUGCAGAUCAGCGGUAAUCGGACAGUUCGAUCAUAGAUUGAUCCAUGCAAUUACACGAACACCAGUGUUUAGUCAGAAUUUGUUAGAUCUCGAGGUCAAAGAGGUACGGCAUUACAGUUCAGAGGCACCACUUACAAUAAACUUUAUUGAAGACAGAGUUCUGUUGGUCCUGAAACUUUAUGACAAAAUAGAUAAUGCAAAGCUUACAUUGAAGUCCCAUUUCAUAACAGACUGUGGCUUAGAUUCUUUAGAUCAUGUAGAAAUUAUUAUGGCAAUAGAGGAUGAAUUCGGUUUUGAGAUACCAGAUACAGAUGCAGAAAGACUUUUAACUCCAUCAAAUAUAGUAGAAUAUAUUGCAAAUAAGAAGGAUGUUUAUUCUUAAUACUAUUCACUUAUUAAGUAAAACUUAAUCAAUCA